AUGGAAGCAAACUCUACUUCAUCAACUAAUGCUACUGCAAAGAAUGCUAGACUGCGGAGAAAACUAAUAUUAGCUCAUAGGAGACGCAUGCGUAAAAAUUUGACCGGGAAACCACAAACUGUCGUGGUACACCCAGUUUCAUCCCCCAUGCAUAACCAAAGUCGUUCACAUGGGUGUGGUAGUUCAAUGGGUUCAACACAAUUAUCAUUUGAAGAACAUUCUUUUACUGAUGGCAUUGGAACAUCUGGGCAAUCUUCAAAUGCUGCUUCAGUUGCUAGAAAAAGGAGGAGAGACAUAUUGUCCAACAGGACCAAUGUUUCUAAUCACCCAAAUAAAGAAAAUUUCCCGAUCAGCAAACAAGCUGUUGUAAGAUCCACUCAAACACCAACAUCAUCUCACCGGCUCCCUCUUUCUGCCAACCUGUCUAACCAUAUUAACACUGCACCCUCCGAUACACAUUUACACCGACAAUUGCCGCCAAAAAGGAGGAGAACAAUUCCCACUGCUGGCAAUAACCUGUUGGCAACUUUUAACCAAACCAUUCCCCAUACUACCAACAUUCACCAUGCUUCUACUUCCAAUGCAUGCAACAACACACUCAAUGUAACACGGCGCUCUGACCGAGCGACUAAUUUCACAGAUGAUUCAGAAUCUAACUCCGAAGAUGACGUGAACUUGGGAUAUUCUUCUUCUGAUGAUGAUCAAAGCAUUCCCAAUGAUGACCAUGUAGACUCACUUUUAGAACAAUAUUCAGACAUAGGAGAUCGAGUUUGGGACUGCCCAUUUUGUCAUGCCUCCAUGUGGUAUCAGGAACGCAAAGACAAAUCAAGGCAUACAACUGUUCCUAAGUUCCACCGGUGUUGUAGGAGCGGAAAAGUUGUACUGCCCUUACUUCAACAGCCCCCACAACUGCUGCAGCAUCUUUUGCAUAGUGGAACAAGUCCAGAGAGUAAAAACUACCAGAGCAACCUUCGCACUUACAACGCCAUGUUUUCAUUUACGUCUCCUGGUAUGAAAUUUGACAACAGCGUUGCUGACGGAGGAGGACCACCUACUUUACGCCUGCACGGUCAAACAUGUCAUCGGAUUGGGACGUUGAUGCCAGAUGCUGGAAAUGAUCCCCAAUAUGCUCAACUAUAUAUUUUUGACACCGAUAACGAAGUCACUAACAGAAUGAAAUGUUUCAAGGACAAUGAUGCUCUCAGCAGGGAUAUUGUUCGUGAUUUAAAGGAUAUGUUGGACGAAUUCAAUCCCCAUGCAAAGGCAUUUCGAAUGGCAAGAGAUCUUUUGAGAGGAAAUGCAUUCUUAGACUUGAAGAUACGAUUGAUCAGUGACAGGGCUGAAGAUGGUCGUGUGUACAAUACGCCAACUGUGUCAGAAGUGGCUGCUCUGAUUGUUGGAGAUAUCGAUCCUACAACACCGAGAGACAUCAUCAUCCAUGCACGCGAUGGCCAUUUGCAACAAAUAACUGAAUUUCAUCCUGCCUACUUAGCCUACCAAUACCCUCUCAUUUUUGUUUAUGGUGAGGAUGGAUAUAGGAAAAAUAUACUGCACAGGUAUGAGCAUGAGUCUGAGGUUACUAGGAAAAAUCGUCAAUCCAUCAAAGAUUGGUUGUGUUUCCGGUUGCAGGAACGUAAAUCAGAGGCAAUGACGUUGCUUCACUCAAGACGGCUUUUUCAACAAUUUUUGGUUGAUGGAUUUGCUAUGAUGGAGUCUGAACGUCUCAAUUGGUUGAGGACCAACCAAUCCAAGUUACGAGUUGGAAAGUAUAAUCAAUUGAACGAUCAAACCAAUGGCACUCAGCAGAAUUCAGCACCAAAGCGAGGAAAAAGGGUGGUUUUGCCAUCCACUUUUGUUGGAAGCAAGAGGUACAUGGAUCAGUUAUAUUUUGAUGGAAUGGCCAUUUCAAGUCAAUUAGGAUUCCCAGAUUUGUUUGUUACGUUUACUUGCAAUCCUGCUUGGCCAGAAAUAGAACGCGCUUUGGCGGGCACUGACUUAAAGCCACAUGAUAGACCUGAUCUCAUAACCAAAGUAUUCAAAAUCAAGUUUGACGAGCUCAUGACUGAUAUAACGAAACGCCACGUGCUUGGCAAGGUUAUUGCAUGGAUGUACACAAUUGAGUUUCAGAAACGAGGAUUGCCACAUGCUCACAUAUUGAUUUUUUUACACCCUCAGAAUAAAUAUCCAACACCGGCUGAUAUAGAUAAAAUCAUAUCUGCAGAAAUUCCUGACCCAGAGGUACAUCCAACACUGUACAAAUUGGUUUCGGCCCACAUGAUCCACGGCCCUUGCGGUGCAGCGCGGAUGAAUUCACCGUGCAUGAAAAACCGAAAAUGCUCGAAAUUCUUCCCGAAGCGUUUCCAAGAAGAUACGAUUGUUGAUGCAGAUGGCUAUCCCCUAUACAGAAGACGCGCUAAUUCCCAUGUCAUCCAAAAAAAUGGUUUCUCUUUUGACAAUCGACAUGUCGUUCCUUACAAUACAAGAUUCCUAUUGAAAUAUCAUGCACAUAUUAACAUGGAGUGGUGUAACCAAAUUACAUCAAUCAAAUAUCUAUUCAAAUAUAUUCACAAGGGAUUUGAUAGAAUCGGUGCAACAAUUUCAACUUCUAACAACGAUUCGGGAACCGAUAGAGAGCCUGUGGAUGAAAUUAAACAGUAUCUGGAUUGUAGAUAUGUCUCCCCGAGUGAGGCGUGUUGGAGGAUUUACUCCUACAACAUCCAUGGCAGGAAACCGGCGGUCGAACGUAUGUAUUAUCAUUUAGUAGGUGAGCAAGCAGUUUACUACCCGGAUCAUGCGAGAAUGGAAAAUAUUUUGGAAAAAGCAAGUGUGACGGAGUCUAUGUUUACUGCUUGGUUUGUUGCUAACGCGAAAUAUGAGGAGGCAAGGUCACUGACAUAUGGACAGUUUGUCACUAAGUUUGUUUAUGAGAAAAAGAGCAGAACAUGGAAACCGCGGAAAAAGGGCUUCACCAUUGGUCGUUUAAUUUGGGUUCCCCCAACCACUGGAGAGUUGUUUUACUUGCGACUGAUGUUGACUGUGGUUAAGGGACCCUUAACUUUUGAAGAAAUUCGCAAAGUUGGUGGGACCCAGUUAGAUACUUUCAGGGAUGCCUGCUUUGCCAUGGGAUUCCUAGAAGAUGACCGGGAAUACAUUGGGGCAAUACGCGAGGCGAGCGAAUGGGGGUCGGGGCAUUUUCUCCGCAAGCUUUUUGUAGUAAUGCUUUUGUCUUCUGCUGUUAAUAGGCCUGGUCAUCUUUGGGAUGAGACAUGGAGUCUACUAUCUGAUGGUCUGCUGCAUCAGCAGAGACAGCUAGCUCACAAUGCAGAUUUGGUUCUAACAGAGGAGGAGUUGAAGAAUUUGACAUUAACGGAAAUUGAAAAGAUACUACAAGCAAAUCGAAGAAGCCUCACUGACUUUAAACCAAUUCCAUAUCCUGAUGGAUACGUUCUACAACAAUUAGGGAAUAGGCUGAUUUAUGAUGAACGGAGUUAUGAUGUGCCUACAAUGAGAACUCAAUUUACGUCACUUUUCAAUGCUCUGACAGGUGAGCAAAGGUCAAUAUUUGAUAAAAUUAUGGCGUCUGUUCGAGAUCAAAAGGGUGCUGUGUACUUCCUACAUGGUUACGGUGGAACCGGUAAAACUUACAUGUGGCGAACACUAGCAAGUGCAUUGAGGUCCAAACAUGACAUAUGUCUUACCGUGGCAACGAGUGGUAUAGCUUCUUUAUUAUUGCCCGGUGGUAGAACGGCACAUUCUAAAUUCAAGAUACCUGUCCCAACCAUGGAGAAUUCAACAUGCAAGAUUGACUAUAAUGACGACGUAGCAGAGCUAUUACGACAAACAAAGCUUAUUAUCUGGGAUGAAGCACCAAUGGCACACAAACACGCUUUUGAAGCACUCGAUCGAACUUUGAAGGACGUAAUGUCUAAGUACGGUAAUUCAGAGGAAAUCUUUGGUGGAAAGGUUGUUGUGUUCGGAGGUGAUUUUAGACAGAUUUUGCCCGUUGUUCCUAGAGGUAGUCGUUCUGAUAUCGUACAUUCUGCCAUAAAUGCUUCUUACAUAUGGCGUUCUGUCGAAGUUUUAACUUUAACACAUAACAUGCGGCUGCAAUCCGGGCCAAAUGAAGCUGAAAAACAGGAAAUUGCUGACUUCUCAAAGUGGCUGUUGCAAAUUGGUGAAGGCAAACUUUCUGAGCCAAAUGAUGGCUUCGCCGACAUUCAAAUGCCACCAGAACUGUUGAUCACUGAUUACACAGACCCAAUCGUCGCCAUCGUUAAUAGUACUUAUCCUGAUUUUAGCUCAAAUUACCUGUCUAACGACUACCUCAAAAGUAAGGCGAUACUUGCUUCUACGUUGGAAGUUGUUGAUAAAAUCAACAAUCACGUCCUUGAUCUGAUGCCAGGGGAUACCAAGGAUUACUACAGCUCAAACACUGUCGACAGAUCUGAAAUUCACGACACCAACGUAGUGGAUAUACUCACACCCGAGUUUCUCAGUUCGCUAACUACUUCAGGGUUACCUAACCACCUAAUUAGAUUGAAGGUAGGAACACCUGUUAUGCUUAUGCGUAACAUAGAUCAGUCGGAGGGUCUGUGCAACGGAACAAGGGUAAUGAUAACUAAGAUGGGAAACCAUGUCAUCGAGGCGAAAAUAAUGGCUGGAAAAGGUUGUGGAAACUUGGUUUACAUCCCUCGAAUGGAUAUGUCUCCCUCGCAGUCUCCUUGGCCCUUCAAACUCAAACGGCGUCAAUUUCCAAUAAUUGUCUCAUAUGCGAUGACGAUCAAUAAAUCUCAAGGACAAUCUCUGGACACAGUAGGACUUUAUUUGCCAAGAGACGUGUUUACUCAUGGCCAAAUCUAUGUGGCACUGUCAAGGGUAACGACGAAGCAAGGAAUCAAAAUUUUGAUAUACGACGAAAGCGACAAAUCGAAGUCUACUACUACAAAUGUUGUGUAUAAAGAGACUAGGUGUUUAUUGUGCCACGGGAUAACAAUGACAGGAAUUCCCCAGCCAUGCAAAAGAGGAACCAAAAAUCGCCUCGAUGACAGCAAGUCUGCAGAUGUAUUUUCACCUUUCAAUGACUUGUCUGUGUAA